CUUUUCCCUUGUCUUUCUUCAAUACUUGCGUGUGGUCGACAAAAUCUAAAAACCCCCGCAGAAAAAUCAAAGACCCUUUUCGAUUGCUACUUUUGUUGCAGAAGAAGAUGCCGACUCUCACAAAGCUUUUCUCCAUGGAAGAAGCCGCAACUCACAACAAGCAAGAUGAUUGCUGGAUCGUCAUCGACGGCAAGGUCUAUGAUGUAUCCUCGUAUAUGGAUGAUCAUCCUGGAGGAGAUGAUGUGCUUCUUGCUGUCACCGGCAAAGAUGCAACGGAUGAAUUUGAAGAUGCAGGGCACAGCAAAGAUGCUAGGGAACUCAUGGAGAAGUAUUUUAUUGGCGAGCUAGACGAGUCUUCUGUACCGGAAAUGCCAGAGCUUAAGAUCUACAAGAAGGAACAGCCAACAGACUCUGUUCAGAAGCUUGUUGAUUUGACAAAGCAGUAUUGGGUUGUUCCUGUCUCCAUUAUCACCAUCUCUGUUGCUGUUAGCGUCUUUUUCUCUCGCAAGAGAUAAGUAGUCUCUCUUUCUUGCCCUUGAUAUGCUCUGAUAUAUUGAGUUACUGGGGAUUCAACUUUACACGAGAACUCCCCAUCAUAGAUUUUUGUAUCACAGAUAUGAUGAUAGAUCAUUAUUAUUAUUUUUUCAACUUUCCAUCAAACUUUUGUAUUGGGAUCAUGUUUCAAUACACAAAUUAAUGAUAUGAUUAAUGGAUGGGUUGGUUUGCUGGUA